AUGGUGAUUAAUCCGUAUUCAAGAUAAUAUGCGUAUCCAAAGUCCUUCUUCUCCUCAAGCUUCACGGUUCACCAACGCACUAUCCACAUGGACCCACCAUAGAAGAAAAGCACUUUUUUAAACGCUGAUUUCAUCGAAAAUCAACUUCAAUUGCGUCUCCUUCACUUCAAAUCCUACACUCUUCACUCCCUGUUGACUGUUAUGGUGCGUCGUGUUUUCUAUCUCGUUAACUUGUUCAUCCUCCAAUUCCUUAUUCGCUGAGUCUUCCCAACUUGGAACGAUUCCACCAAACGCGGUUUCUGCACCGAUUCCCUGCAAGUCGAUUGUUUUUGGAUCCGAUGGGUAGCAUCGAAGACGAGGUUGCAAUUUCAGGAGAGGGAGUGAAAGACACAGACACAGUGUAUGUGGCGGUGGGAAAGAACGUGGAGAAGAGCCAACAAUUGUUGCAUUGGGCUGCUAAGAAUUUUUCACACAAAAAAAUUUGCCUUCUUCAUGUUCACCGACCCAAUUCCUUCACGGACAGAAUUCUUUCUGGGUCUGAAGACUCUGAACCCAAAGACCAUGCAAUCAAGGCAUUCCAGGAGCAUGGAAGACAAACAGUGCAUGAACUUCUAGACCAAUACAUUCUCACUCUGGUUCCAGGAGGGGUAACAGCCUAUAAAUUGUUGAUUGAGAUGGAUGAUAUUGAGAAAGGGAUCUCAAAAGCUAUUGCUCAACACAACAUUAGAUGGCUUGUAAUGGGAGCAGCAGCAGACAGAUAUAACUUAGGUAAACUGGCUAAGCAAGAGUCAGAGAAAGCUAUUCUUGUGCGUGAACAAGCAUUGCUGUCGUGUAAUAUUUGGUUCAUUUGCAAGGGCAACCUCAUAUGUACUAGGGUAUAUAGUAAACAUACUUCAGACAUAGAGACCGCCCCUGCAUUUUUGGUGCUCACUUCAAAUACAGAAGCCAAACAAUCAGACAAGGUUAAGUCAGAAUCAAUUCCUGAUGCUUUGAAAUACUUAGAUUCUGAUGAUAUGGAGGAGGUCAAAAGUGUCAGUUCCUAUCAUUCAUUAAAUUCAAAAUGGUCUUUUAAUAGUGUCAAGGACAGGUCAAAGUUGGCAGAUUUUCUGUUUCAUGAGGAGGAAAAAGAAGAGAGGGAACAAGAAAGUAAAGUCAAUGGUAGACUGGAAAGAACUAUUGUAGAUGCUAAGAGCAUGAAACGAAAAGGAUAUGAAGAGGCAUUAAAGAGAUGGAAAGUAGGAAACAGCACUAUGGAGGAUGAAACAUUAGAAGGCCAGUGCGCUAAGGAGAUAAGCAGAAGAAAAGAAGUUGAAGAACAAUUGGCGAUGGAAAACAAAGAAGUACAGGAAAUGAAGAAUCAGCGAAAUGAAAUCAUGGAUGAAUUGCAUAUGGUCCAAGACCAAAAUUCAGCACUUAAGAACCAAAUUUCUGAGUCCCAGCAUACGGUAACAGAGUUGGAGGAAAAAAUCAUAUCAGCUGUGGAUCUCUUGAUAAGUUUCCGGGAAAAACGAGAUAAGCUUCGGAUAGAGCAUGCAAAUGCAGUUAGGGAAGUCAAAAUGCUGAGAAAAUUUGGGAAAACACAUACUGCCUUCUCUUAUAGGGUAGAAUUCCCUGCAUAUUCUUUCAUGGAAAUCAAUGAAGCAACCCAUGAUUUUGAUCCAUCUUGGAAGAUUGGAGAGGGAAGGUAUGGAAGUGUUUACAAGGGACUGCUUCGCAACAUGCAUGUUGCAAUUAAAAUGUUACCCUCUUAUGGUUGUCAGAGCCAAUUGGACUUCCAACAUCAGGUAGAGGUUUUGAGUAGGGUAAGGCAUCCAAACCUGUUAACACUAAUUGGAAGCUGUGCAGAGUCUAGGUCACUUGUGUAUGAGUACCUAAACAAUGGAAGCCUUGAAAGCCACCUUGCCCGCAAAGACAAGAAUCCUCUUCCAUGGCAAAUUCGAAUAUCCAUUGCUACUGACAUAUGCUCUGCUCUAAUCUUCCUUCACUCCAGUGAGCCUUGUAUUAUCCAUGGGAAUUUGAAACCUAGUAAGAUUCUCCUUGAUGCUAAUUUUGUUGCCAAACUCGGAGACUUGGGCGUUCCUUCUUUAGUCCAGCAAGGUGUGGAUUCAGUUGACACAAGCACAGUAUGUAAUAACUUGAAUGAAAGUCUGGCGUAUGUGGAUCCAGAGUAUCUUGUCUCUGGCAAGUUUACACCAGAAUCAGAUGUAUAUUCCUUUGGAAUCAUAUUGUUACAACUUCUAACUGGAAGACCACUUUCGGGGUUAAUUAGAGAUAUGAAAUGUGCAUUGGAAAAGGAAAACCUUAAAGCAAUAUUGGACAUUUCAGCUGGUGAAUGGCCACUUUUUCAAACCAAACAGCUGGCAUAUUUAGCAUUGAGGUGUUGUGGAAAGACUUGGUUGAACCGGCCAGACCUUGUGUCAGAAAUCUGGAGUGUUCUUGAACCAUUCAAAGCUACUUGCAUCAACAUGUCACCAUGUUUGACUUCAAAGAAGCUUCAACGUGCUCCUUCCCAUUUUGUCUGCCCCAUUCUCCAGGAAGUAAUGGAAGAUCCAUAUAUAGCUGCAGAUGGCUUUACAUAUGAAGCAGAGGCAAUAAGUGGAUGGUUGAAUAGUGGUCACGACACUUCGCCCAUGACAAACCUCAAGCUUGAACACACAGAUUUGGUACCUAAUUAUGCUCUGCAUAAUGCAAUUCAGGAGUGGCAACAACAGUGAACCUUUUUCAUCGUACAUUAUACUUGCACAUAUUAUACUGGUGUAAAUCACACUUAUCCUGUAAAAGAAAUUUCUAAAGUGCGCAAGUAAGGGUGUAUUCGCACAUGAAUUUUAGCAACUUCAGAUUUUAAUGCACUUUAAGAUCACCAUACACCCUUACUCUCUUACUUUAGAAACUUCCACUUUAAAAGUGUCACGUCCUAAUACCUUGAUAGCAAGUUCAGAUGGAGAAGGGAGGAAAAGAGAGGGCAAGGGAAAUUUUUAAGUAAACCUUUCCCUUGAUUCAGACCUUUCUAAACUGAGGGGUUAUCAUGUAUAUAAGAAGCCUUAUUCAUUAUUAUGAGCAUUUUAAAAAGUUCGCCAAAUUUGAAUGAUUAACAUAUAAACUAGUCAUGAAAUUUCCCUUUCUUUUUAAAGGAAAUUUGAUUGCUGAUUUUUCCAAGAUAUCAAUAAAAUAUCACACGUGUUUCGAAACUUAAU